GAGGGAGGGAGGCGCCGGAGGCGCGCGCGCGCGCUGGGCGCUGCUGGGCUGCGGCGGCGGUUACUAUGGCGGAGUCGGCCGGAGCCUCCUCCUUCUUCCCCCUUGUUGUCCUCCUGCUCGCCGGCAGCGGCGGGUCCGGGCCCCGGGGGAUCCAGGCUCUAUUGUGUGCGUGCACCAGCUGCCUGCAGACCAACUACACCUGCGAGACAGAUGGGGCUUGCAUGGUCUCCAUCUUUAACCUGGAUGGCAUGGAGCACCACGUGCGCACCUGCAUCCCCAAAGUAGAGCUGGUUCCUGCUGGAAAGCCCUUCUACUGCCUGAGUUCGGAGGACCUGCGCAACACACACUGCUGCUAUAUUGACUUCUGCAACAAGAUUGACCUCAGGGUGCCCAGCGGACACCUCAAGGAGCCUGAGCACCCCUCCAUGUGGGGCCCCGUGGAGCUGGUCGGAAUCAUCGCCGGUCCCGUCUUCCUCCUCUUCCUCAUCAUCAUCGUAGUCUUCCUGAUCAUCAACUAUCACCAGCGUGUUUACCACAACCGCCAGAGGCUAGACAUGGAGGACCCCUCAUGCGAGAUGUGUCUCUCCAAAGACAAGACGCUCCAGGAUCUCGUCUACGAUCUCUCCACGUCAGGGUCUGGCUCAGGUUUACCCCUUUUUGUCCAGCGCACAGUGGCCCGAACCAUUGUUUUACAAGAGAUUAUCGGCAAGGGCCGGUUCGGGGAAGUAUGGCGCGGUCGCUGGAGGGGUGGUGACGUGGCUGUAAAAAUCUUCUCUUCUCGUGAAGAACGGUCUUGGUUCCGGGAAGCAGAGAUCUAUCAGACUGUCAUGCUGCGCCAUGAAAACAUCCUUGGAUUUAUUGCUGCUGACAAUAAAGAUAAUGGCACCUGGACCCAGCUGUGGCUCGUCUCUGACUAUCACGAGCAUGGCUCGCUGUUUGAUUAUUUGAACCGCUAUACGGUGACCAUUGAGGGAAUGAUUAAACUAGCCCUGUCUGCAGCCAGUGGUUUGGCACACCUGCAUAUGGAGAUCGUGGGCACUCAGGGGAAGCCUGGAAUUGCUCAUCGAGACUUGAAGUCAAAGAACAUCCUGGUGAAGAAGAAUGGCAUGUGUGCCAUUGCAGACCUGGGCCUGGCUGUCCGUCAUGACGCAGUCACUGACACCAUAGACAUUGCUCCCAAUCAAAGGGUGGGAACCAAACGAUACAUGGCUCCUGAAGUACUUGACGAAACCAUCAACAUGAAACACUUUGACUCCUUCAAGUGUGCCGAUAUCUAUGCCCUUGGGCUUGUAUAUUGGGAGAUUGCUCGAAGAUGCAAUUCUGGAGGAGUCCAUGAAGAGUAUCAACUGCCGUAUUAUGACUUAGUGCCCUCCGACCCUUCCAUUGAGGAGAUGCGAAAGGUCGUCUGUGACCAGAAGCUACGGCCCAAUGUCCCCAACUGGUGGCAGAGUUACGAGGCCUUGCGAGUGAUGGGGAAGAUGAUGCGGGAGUGCUGGUACGCCAAUGGUGCCGCCCGACUGACCGCACUGCGCAUCAAGAAGACCCUGUCCCAGCUCAGCGUGCAGGAGGACGUGAAGAUUUGAAUGGUCUCUCUGCCUACACCAAGAACCCGGGCAGUGAGGAUGACUGCAGCCAGCCACCGUGCAAGCGCGUGCUGUGGAGGCCUACCUCUUGUUUCUGCCCAACCCUCUGGCCAGAGCCCCGACCUGCAAGAGGGACAGAGCCUGGGAGACACACACGCACUCCCAUUGGGUUUGAGACAGACACUUUUUAUAUUUACCUCCUGAUGGCAUGGAGACUCUGAGAGCAAAUCAUGUAGACAACUCGAUGCCACAAUUCAAACUGCUUGCAGUGGGAAGCAGAGCGAGCCCAGUGCACCUGGCAUGUUGCCAGGAGUGGUGAGGGGUGUUGGGCUCACCCAGGAGCAGCCCCCAUACCCUGUGGUCUACUGGGCUGCAGGUUUUUCUCCAGGGUCCAGUCAACUGGCACCAAGAUACUGAGAGGAACCGGAAGUGUCCUCCCUCCUUCCCGUAGGCAGUCCUGAGCCACGCCAUCCCCUUCUCUUCGUGGACACCUGGAGGGACUGCCCCUAGAGACACAACCUGCUGCCUGCCUGUCCAGCAAGUGCGCAUGUGCCGAGGUGUGUCCCACAUUGUGCCUGGUCCGUGCCACGCCUGUGCGUGUGCGUGUGUGUGUGUGUGUGUGUGUGUGUGUGUGUGUGUGCGUGUGUGUGUGUGUGUGUGUGUGUGUGUGUAGGUGUACACUUACCUGCUUGAGCUUUCUGUGCAUGUGUAGGCCAGGGUGUGGCGGCCAUACUGUCUCUGAGUGUUGCUGCCUCUCACGGUGAGCAGCAAUGCAGUUAACCUGGUGCCCUCCUGAGGUGUCUCUUGUCCCCAGCCCCCUGCAGUCAGGGAGGUCCUCUCUUCUCAGCAGGCUGCUUGCCCACCCUGUGUCAUAGGCUCUUCUCUUCCAUUUUAGACCAGAACCAAAGCUGGCCCACUUGUCCAUGGUAGGAGAGGCUUUUGGGUCAAAAUGAGGGGGACUUAAUGAGCAGAGAGAGAAUGUAGGUGGCAGUCUUGGGUGCUGCAUCAGCCAUGGGAAAUGAGCCAGCCCAAGGGCAUCUUCCUCCACAGCCGCGAGGCAGGGCUGAGGAAUCUGAAGCCAGAGCUUGGGACUCAGAUUGGAAUGUAACAUCUGUUUGUCCCACCCCAAAUUCUGCAAACUGCAGUGUAUAUUUUUGGUGGUGGUGGCGGUGGUGGGUUUGGGGUGGGGAGGGAUGGGCUGCAGGACGUGGGGAGGGAGGCUGGGGUGGGAGGGAGGCAUCUGCAUGGCUUCUCGUACUGAAUUCUCUGAUCAGGGUAGAGAGAGGGAAAGGCUUGCAUCCACUUCAGGGUCCCUGCUGAGGAGAGCGGUCUGAGCUGAGUAUGGUGUUUAACCUAAGUGUAGUAUUUAAUGAAUUCUAGAAGCCUGGCUGUGGGUGGUGAUUUGGUCAGCAUAUCUUAGGUAUAUAACUUUGAAGCCAUAACUUUUAACUGGAGUGGUUUAUUUUAAUUCAUUUUAUUUUAUUUUAUUUUAUUUUGCGGGGAGGGUCAGGAUUUUAACUUUAAUAUUAUUAAGUUUUGUAAAAGGAGAACCAUCUCUGCGACAAUUACCUCUUAGUCUGUUUGUUUUUAAAGAAAUUCCUAAAACAAACAAAACACAAAAAUUCUCUAGAUUCAAACGCACAUAGUUCAGUCACUGGAAACGCUUGUCUUUGCACCUGAGCCUGGUCCCACCGAGCAGUGAAGGCUGCUUUUCCCCAUGGGGGCUUGCUGUCUUGUAUUCUCUGCGCCCUCGGCCCCAUCCCAUGAGCACCUCGGCCCUCUGCACAUUGUCCGGCUGGCUGUAUCCUUUCCAGACAUUUGCUCAGCAAAUUUGGGGUGCGUGCCUGCUGAGCGUUGACCCUAGGAGGAUCUCUCCAGAGUGAGACAGGCUUGGGCGCUGCUCCUUGGGCCUUGGAGGGAGAACGGAAUCAUGUGAAUGAGUGAGCACCCACUAUUGAGACCAGAAGUGCUCAUGGCUGGUCCUGAGAGCCUUUAUGCGCUAGAAUCGCUGUUCUUAAAGACCACUGAGGAACAAGAGUGGGCGCCUGUAUCCCCUUGGGAAGAGAAGCCCUUAGUAAGCAGUGGGUCCUGGAGACUAUUCAUUGUGAGCCCUUCCUUCCUUCCCUGGGGAGGUGUGAGCAUAUACAGGGAAACUGUCUCCUCCAGCUUCUUCUGCCUCGGUUUCCCCAUAUUCUUAACCUUUCUAUUUAUUUCCUGGUGUCUAACUUCUUUCCUUACUUUAAAGGGAUCUUCCUUUAAUUCCUUGGCCAAUUUACUGGCCACUGAAGAGUAUCCCUUGAGUCCCAACUGUGUCUUUGGGGAGCCUCCUAACUCACCCCUGCUGACCUCCCACUUCCCACCCUGCAGCUGAGUCUCCGUGGUUACAGGUGAUUGAACUGUAGAGUCCUCUCUGCCUCUGUUACCUGCCAGCAACGGCCCCACAGUGACUCCCACGCCACUGGACUACUCCCAGGAGACCUGCCCUCUGUGCAGCCCGGCCCGGCCGCCUCUCAGGAAGACUUGAGCAGGCUUUGGGGAAACCCCACUACCUCUCCAUCACUCUCAACAUUAAGCUGAGAGGUGGGAGAAGCCGAAGCUGUGGUUUGGCUCCCUGAGGCCACCCUGAUCCACAGGGCCACCUGCACCUCUGGAUUCUGGACUCACAGACCAACCAAGUCUAAGCCCGUUCUUAAGUCGCCCUCAAGGCCUCUGAACGGUAUUCUCGGUACUUCUGUUUGUUUUUUGUACAAUUUAUUAGAAAGGACUGUAAAAUAGCCACUUAGACACUUUACCUCUCCAGUAUGCAAAUGUAAAUAUAUUGUAAUAUAGGAAAUUUUUGUUUUAAUAUAAGAACGAGCCUGUCCAGUUUCUGCUGUACAUUAUUAAAGUUUUAUUCACAGAA